AUGGCAACGCGCACUUCCACCCGUCAUGCUGCGCAAAAGGCAAAAGAAGCUAUAGCAGCCGCCCCGGACGUCAAGAGAAGGGGAUCCGUUGGCACAAAGCGUAAAGGUUCCACCGAAAAGGCUCCAGAACCAAAGAGAGAGAAGAAGGAUACCGAAGAUGAACCAGAACAGAUCAAGGAAGAAGGACCCCAACAAUCUCCUGAGAAAGUAGAGUCUGGACAGGAGCAAGCAUCCAAGUUAGAUGAAAAGCCAGUGGAUGGCCCAGAUGUAAAGGAUGCCGAACCUCAAGCUAAGCCGGAGGGAACAUCACGCGAUGAUCAACAAGAACCUGAGAAGCCCCAGGGAAAGCUCCAGGAGCAGCCUCAAGAGAAACACCAGGAGAGCCAUGAGAAGAAGCCGGAAAGUACCGAUGGCAAGCCUGACGGUGCUGCAAAUGGAACAGAGGCUGGGAUGAAGACGUCUGAACACCGAGAGGAGAUCGUUCCAUCGAACAUUCUCGAAAAAGGCAUUAUCUACUUCUUUUAUCGCGGUCGAGUUAAUGUCGAGGAGGCGCACGGUGUUCAGGAUGUGGCGCGGAGCUUUUUUGUGCUACGUCCUACACCAUUGGGGGCGGCUAUAGACCGUGAACAGGGCGCAGUGGAUUCUGGUGCAAAAUGCCGAUUGAUGAUGCUGCCCAAAAAGAAGUACCCGAGAUCAGGAAAAGACAGAGAAAUGGGGUUCGUCGAGAAAGCCGGUACUUCUAUGAAGCAGCUGCAAGAGGGCUUCAUUGCUGGCCAUACCUAUGAAACUUCUACUCGUGGUACACGGGAGGUGCCAGAAGCGAAGCCCUAUGCGGAGGGUGUGUAUGCCAUGACCUCAACCAAGCGAGCAACUCAUAUUGUCUACCAUAUUACACUUCCGGAGAAAGCUGGAGAGAUCCAAGAAGAUUUCGGGCUCAGUGAACGUGGUAGCUGGCUUUUGCAGUCCAAGAACCCCAAGUUCCCUAGCCCACCUUUUGCCCGUCUCCCGAAGGGGCCUGAAUAUCCUGAGAGUAUCCUAGAGAAGUUCAGAGACCUCCGUUGGAUUCCAGCGGAACCCGAGUUACUGGACUAUCCGAACGCACAAUUCCUUAUGAUUGGCUCAGCAGUCGGCGACCUUGGGAAAGCUGCGACGGCAGAUGAAGGCGACAAGCGACCAGAAGAGGAGCAGCCCGAAGAAGAACUGAUUAAAAUGGAAGACGAGAACGAGGAAAGGAUUGAGACUCUGGGUGGUGAUCACGCGAUCUACGAAGAUCUGGGAUACCACGCUCAGGAGAAAUACGCCAAACUGGAGACCACUUGGGAGUAG